AACGUCGCUGCUGGUAGGCCACUUCCGGCGUAGCCAUGGCGGCUAACGCUACUACUAACCCGUCGCAGCUGCUGCCUCUAGAGCUUGUGGACAAAUGUAUAGGAUCAAGAAUUCACAUUGUGAUGAAGAGUGAUAAAGAAAUUGUUGGAACACUUUUGGGAUUUGAUGACUUUGUCAAUAUGGUACUGGAGGAUGUCACUGAAUUUGAAAUCACACCAGAAGGAAGAAGGAUCACUAAAUUAGAUCAAAUUUUGCUCAAUGGAAAUAAUAUAACAAUGCUGGUUCCUGGAGGAGAAGGUCCUGAAGUAUGAAUGGAUUUCCUUGACUUACUCUGUUUUUUCUUAUAAUGACAACAAGAUAGAAAAAUUUUGUUUAACCUUUUAACGUUUGGAUUCUGUAAAGCUAAAUUUCCCGUUAAAGGGAAAUGUUUUGAAGAUGCAUUGUAAAUGCUCAUUUUUAUAAGUUAAUCAUUAUUAUCUUGGAAAAAGAAGAACAGUUUGUUCUUUGAAGACUAAAAUAGAAGUGUUUUUGGUUAACUGUCGUUUUACUUUUUGUACUGCAAUAACCAGUGUAACAAAGAUUGUAGUUAUUUUGUCACUUGCUUUCCUAUAAUUUUGUCCAUUUGCUUCCUGAUUUACGUGACCAUUUGAUUCUCAAACAAAAAUUGUUCCAAACAAAAUGACCAACUUUCAUUUUGAACAGUUGCAUUUUAAAAACCUAAAAUGAUUACUUACAAAAUUCAAUUUAAACUCUGAUGCCUUGAAAUGAAGAUUUUUCUACUGAACUCAAGUUCCAUUAACUCCUAUUAAAAACAAGCAAACUUCCAGUUAUAAAAUAAGUCUUGAAGAUGGAAAGUACAGCAUAGGGAAUAUAGGGUAUAAUAUUGUCAUGACAUAUGGUGACUGUAUCGUGGUGAGCAUAGUGUAAUGUAAAAAAUUGUUGAACCACUAUGUUGUACACCUGAAACUAAUAACGCAUUGUAUAUUGACUAUACUUCAAUAAUAUUAAAAAAGGCAAAAUAUACAGGUAAAUAUAUGCACAUUGUAGAAAUGGAGAUAAGUAAAAAGGGGAAUAUUCAUUACACUUUGCUGUAUAGCCUCUUAGAUUUUCUCAGUAUACUCCAUACACGUCAUUUUCACAAAAACAUGCUCAUCCUGAAUAUACUGUUUUGUAGCCCCAUUUAAGACUAAAAAAAUUUGAAUGAUGCACAUCUUUCCAUGUCAAAUAUUUCAGCAAUAUUAGUGUUUGCAUCAUAUUUCAUUAAAUGGAUAUACCAUAAUUUAGCCUAUUUUUACUAUUGGCCAUAGUAGUCUAACUAAAUCUUUAUACAUCUUUAUUUUUCUUAGAACAAAUUGAUAAUGUGAGGUCAAAGGGUAUAGUCAUGUUGGCAGCAAAAAGUUUGUACCAUCCUACACUUUGCCAGCAGUUUUUCGUGGUAUUUUUUUUUUUUUCCUGUAGUACUCUUUACAUACUUCCCAACAUUGGCUAUGUUCUGCCUUCUUGCUUUGCCACUGUGAUAGGCAAAACCUGGUAUGUUUAAAGUUUUCUUCAUUAAUUUUGGACUCAUUUGUGUUUUAUGAAUUACUUAUAUGAGACUUUGCCAUUGAGAUGCUUGUCUUUCUUACAGAUUUGUAAGAAUUGUUAAGAGGUUACUCUUAGUCAUGUAUUUUUCAGAUAAUUUUCCCAGUUUAUAAUUUUCCCGUUAUUGGUUUUUUUUUUUUUUUGACAUAAAUAAUGUAUCUUUAUGUAGUCAUAUGUUGAUUAUAUCCUUUAUGAUUUUUGUCAUUGGUACACAUGGAUUAGAAAGACCUUCUUUGGUAUAAUUAUAUUUUUGAUACUUUAUGUUUUUUUGUUCCUUUUAAAUCUUGCAUCUAUCUCCUGUUAUUUCUUUCUCUUUGGAGGGGGAUCAAAUGUAAUAGUGCCCUCUUUUCACCUUUUUACUUAUCAUCCAAUGGGAAAUGGGUGGUCAUGUUCAGCUCUUAAUUUUUUUUUCCUAGGAGUUAGCCUGCAAGGACCUUGACUUCUUAGCUUCAACAUGCUAGGAGUUUUAGAGAAGCCUGACAUCACUUAGGGAGGCAUGCAAUCACCUAGUCUGUGGCAAGGUGGAUGAGUCUACCAGAGUUCUUGCCUACAGAUAAACAAUAGCUCUUAACCUGAUCUUUAACAGUAAUAAAGAUGAUAGUAUGACUUA